AUGUCGCAUGCACCCGUCCGUCAGCCUUACGAUGCGCUCGUCGCGCCCGGUAACGUCUCAGGCGUAGAUCGCCGAUACCCUUACUUGAAUGGCGGAGGUCGGGGUCAGCCUAUCCUUCACGACGGCGUCGAGUAUCGUACUCCCUAUUGCUUGCAUGGCUGGGACGCGCAAUCGCGUCAGCCCGAUUUCAUGAAGAACUCACUCCGCACGUUCUACGGAUGUCGUGGCUUUGUGAAGAACCACGAAAGGGCGGACGACUGGGAUUGCGGGUACCUAGAGGAAGGGAUUGUUGAUGUAGGUGUCAAAGGUGUCCAAGUACUCAACCCGUUCUGGGAUAGUGGUCCGUGGCCUGCCCCCGAUAACAAGGAGUGGUACUAUAGGAGAGGCAAUGUCAUGUCGGGCAUUACGACUCCUGGUUCUUCCCCUAUCAAGGCCCCUUCGUCAGCUUCUGGAACUCCGUACUCGUCGCCUCAAUCCAGCCCAUCGCGUGCUCGUUAG